AACGUGUUGCUCGCGUGCGGCUCCACCGACUACAAGGCCCGCAUAUUCUCGGGUUUCAUCAAAGAGGUGGACAAACGAGAGGGCGAACCCACGCCGUGGGGCGGCAAGUGCAGUACCGGCGCUCUGGUGGCCGAGUUUGGCUCAAAUAGUGGAGGGGGUUGGGUGCAUAACGUGAGCUUUUCGCCGGACGGCAACCGACUGGCGUGGGUUACGCACGACUCGAGCAUUUCAGUGGCCGACGCCAACAGAGGGAUGGCUGUGUCGACAGUGAGGACACGCUUUUUGCCUUAUUUGACGUGCGUUUGGUCGGCGCCCGAUCUGAUUGUCGCCGCCGGUCACGACUGUUGUCCGAUGCUAUUUAAGUAUGAUAUGAGUAAAGCUGAGCUCAAUUUUGUGGAUAAAGUGGACAAAUCGCUUAAGAAAGAAGUGGACGGAUUCAGUGCUAAAAAAAUAUUUCAAAAUAUGGAUAAACGAGGGAUGAGUGCCGAUAAUAAUAUAAGUGACACUCAAUUGGAUUCCAUACACCAGAACACCAUUUCCGAGAUACGGGUCUACAGCGGAUCCAAAUCGGGUGCCGACAAGAUAUCGACGGUAGGCGUCGACGGGCUUAUGGUUAUCUGGGAUUUAAAGGCUUUAGAGGCGUCGCUAAAGGGACUCCGAAUCGUGUGAUUAAAUGAUAAUUAAUUUAUAAUUUAAAUUAAAUUCCAUUCAUAUGUUUGUCACAAACAAACAACAACUUCAUCACCAAAAAUAGCAAAACAAACAAAACUUCGCAUUGAAUCGUUUAACGCAAACAACUUGUCAUUGAAUUAUCAUUAAUUUUAUUGGUUUUGUUAAUCGACGCAAAACUGAAGAUUCGGUUUUGGAUUUCGAUAUCGAAAACGGAUUUCUUAGUUACAAAUUGAAGAAAAAGUUUAUUUUUAAUUAAUUUUCAUCGAAAUUGACGGCCAAUCGCUUCCAUUCGCUAUUAAUUUGAAGGCAAUUUGAAUCCCAAAAAACUAAACUAAACAUUAAUUGCAAUAAAAGUCUUAAUUAAUUGAUGAACGAAAUGAUAGAGAAGAUUGUGAGGCGUCCAACCAUUCGCACUGUCUGUCUGUGCCUUUAAUAUAAAACUAUUGACAAAUUGCUCACUAAUUGUCGGACACACUCUUCGCGUAUAUAUUUUGCAAACAAAUGAUGAGAAAAAGAGAUUUUAUUCACUGAUUGGAUGACAGCCACUGAUCAGAGAGAAGACUCGUGUGAUUUUGGUUUUGAAAACAAUUUCAUUAUUUCUGGACUUAAUUUACUUUCAAAUUAAACUCCAAGUAUAUAUUGAAUUACUAUUGAAUGUUAAAGAAUUAGUAUAAGAAAACUAUUCAAUUUGUAUUAUAAGUUAAUAGGAAAUUAUGAUUUUUAUGUCAAUUGAAUCAAAGGUAUAUGAUUUGAAUGAUUGUAUGAAAUUAUGGCGAAAACUAAUGUCUAAACAUUUCACACAUUUUACAUAAGACACG